AUGCUUUCAAGCCCAAUAUUGUCAAGAUCACAUGAAAGUCAUCAAGCUCAUGAAUUCAUUAUUGACUUAAGAGGAUUUAAGAAUACUGCUGGAAUAGAGCCCGAAGAUGUUGCGAAACGUCUCAUGGACUAUGGAUUUCAUGGACCAACAAUGUCAUGGCCUGUGGCUGGUACACUCAUGAUUGAGCCUGUUGCAGUGAGAAUCAAGAUACCAAGCUAUUGA